AUGCAGGAAGUAAGGGGAGGAGUACAGGAAGUGAUAUCAGUGAGGCAGAUAUUCAAUCCUACCUUGUUUGUGCUGCAUAAUGGAAUCUUAUGUUAUAACCGUCACACAGAUCCAGCCAAGCCAUAUGAUGCAUUACAUGUUUGUGUACAAACAGUGAAGUUAGAGGAAGUGUUCAAGAUUUGUCACAAGGGCGUGGCAUGGGGACAUAGAGGCGUGGCCGGUACGUUGGACAAGUUUCAGCGAACAUUCUUUGCAAUGUCUGCACGUGAGAAAAUCCGUAGGCUGGUAGAUCGGUGUAACACCUGUUUAGCUAAGGAAAGGAGUAUUCAAGCCAAGAGAGGGCCUCAUGUGCCUAGAACAGUGGGAAAUGUUGGAGAGAAAGUAUUCAUAGAUUUAGUUUCAAUGUCGGAGACUGUGAGAAAGAAUCGUUAUAUGCUGACAGUACAGGAUGGAUUUACAAGAUUUGCUAGUGCAUAUCCUAUUUGUAAUAAGGAGGCAGAUUUUGCAUACAAGAACCCCCCUUAUAACCCCUCCUCUAACAUCAUGGAACGAUGGCAUAGAACAAUAGUGAGUAUUCUGAGGACUAUGGGCAUGGAGAUGCAAAACGAAUGGGACCUAGGUGUAAAAGCGGCUUGUCUGGCCUAUAACACUACGGUGCAUAAUAGUACAGGCCAGACAUCGUUCUUUGCAACCUUUGGAAGGGAAGCCAUAGUUCCCAUCCAUUGGGUUUACCCAAUACCCAAACCAGAUGCAGAGAAGGAUGUAACUGCCUGGACGGAGACUAUACAAGAGAGAUUUCAAACUGCUUAUGCGGGAAUGAGAGAUAAACAAAAGCAGACAAUACGAAGGAACGUGCAGUAUUAUAAGCCAAUCCUGAAGCAGUUCAACAUAGGCCAAUGGGUAUGGAUCUUUGACCCUAGAAUAAUUCCAGGCAGUUGUGAUAGACUCAGGUUAUACUGGGCGGGGCCCUACAAGAUUAUAUGGUUGAUGGCCCCAGUGUUGGCGGAGGUUAUUGCAGUGUUUGAACAAGGUAAACCAAGGAUAGUUAGCUUGGACAUUCUUAAGGAAUUUCGAGGGGAGAACAAUGGACACAGCUUACCCAGUGACCCCCCACACCCCUCGUUUCAAGGAGGGGAUGAGAUUACAGAAAUUCCGAGCUGGAGUUAG